AUGAGAAGCCCCCCGGUUCUCGCCCUGCUGCUGCUUGCCUGCGCUGCUGCUCAGGAAGACCCCACAAGCAGGAGGAGGAAAGGGCCUUUGGGGUCGCAGCUGCCACACCUGCGGAGGAAGGGUGACGGCCACGGCUCAGACACCCGGUUCCUGCUCUACUCCAACACCGCAGAGGAGAGUUGCCUGAUCGAGUUCAAGCAGCUGCCGACCCUGGAGAGAUGCAACUUCAACGCCUCUCUCCCACUGGUCAUGAUCGUCCACGGCUGGUCGGUGGAUGGAAGGCUGGAAGGCUGGAUUUGGAUGCUGGCCGAAGCCCUAAAAUCUCAGCACCCGCAAACCAACGUGAUCAUCGCCGACUGGCUCACCCUUGCCUGUCAGCAUUACCCCAUCGCGGUGCAGAAUACACGGGACGUUGGCCAGGAAAUCGCUCGAUUCCUAGAAUGGCUGGAGGACACUGUCCAGUUCUCCAGAGGCAACGCUCAUCUCAUUGGCUACAGCCUGGGAGCCCACGUCUCCGGCUUCGCUGGCAGUUUUAUUGGGGGUGGAAAGAAGAUUGGCAGAAUCACAGGCCUUGAUCCGGCCGGCCCCCUCUUCGAAGGCAUGUCCCCGACAGACCGCUUGUCGCCGGACGACGCAGACUUCGUGGACGCCAUCCACACCUUCACCCAACAGCACAUGGGCCUCAGUGUGGGGAUCAAGCAGCCGGUGGCUCAUUUCGACUUCUAUCCCAACGGGGGGACGUUUCAGCCUGGCUGCCACUUCAUGCACGUCUACGACCACAUCGUACAGUAUGGAAUCAGUGGGUUCACGCAGACGGUGAAGUGUGCCCACGAGAGGUCGGCUCACCUGUUCAUUGACUCCCUGCGACACAGUGAUAAGCAGAGCAUGGGCUAUUGGUGCAAAGACAUGCAGACCUUCGACAAGGGCCGGUGCCUCAGCUGCCGGAAGACCCAGUGCAACACCCUGGGAUACAGCAUCCGGAAGGAGAGGGUGCCUGGCAGCAGCAGGCGGCUCUUCCUCAAGACACAGCCUCACAUGCCCUUCAGAGUUUACCACUACCAGUUCAAGAUCCAUUUCAUCAGCGAAUUCCAGGAGAAGCAAAUCGAUCCGACGUUCACCAUCUCUUUGACCGGCAGCCAAGAUGACGUUGAAAACCUCUCUAUGACCCUAGUUGAAGGCAUUAGUGGAAAUAAAACCUACACCUUCCUUGUCCCCCUGGAUAUCGAUAUUGGCGAGCUGAUGAUGAUAAAAUUGAAAUGGGAAGGAGUUGCAAUUUGGGAAAACAUCUGGAACACCGUGCAAACCAUCAUCCCGUGGAAAAAGAGGAACCACCAACCGGGGCUGAUCGUGAAGAUGCUGAAAGUCAAGGCGGGAGAAACUCAGCAGAAGAUGACAUUCUGUUCUCAAAGUGCCGAUAAUUUGCACCUCUAUCCCGGGCAAGAGAAAAUGUUUGUGAGAUGCGAAAUCAGUUCCCGAAGGCUGAGGACUCAGGCAUGAGCAGGAUCCGCCCAAACCUGGAGCCGCCUCUCAAGA